AUGGCCCCGACUAUCACACAGUGGAUCCUGGAUACUCGGCACCUGUAUCCAGAGGCCACUGAAACGAAGCACCUCGAACAAGCAGCAUCCCGAGCUCUCGCCCUCCUCAGCGCCGACGAGCGCAAAGCUGUGCUAAAGUACUACCACGUUCGCGACGCGAAGCUGUCUCUAGGCUCGCACCUUCUGAAACGCUACGCCAUCAGUCGUUUCUGCGGCGUCCCCUGGCCUUCGGCAAACACUGUCCGCAAUGAGAAGACAAAGCCCGUCUUCCGCACCGCCGACGGCUCCGAACCCCUGAGCUUCAACGUGAGCCACCAAGCCGGUCUUGUUGCGCUCUUCGCCGUCCACGGUUAUGACGCGGCCAAUGGACCGGUAGACGUGGGCGUUGACAUUGUCUGCACCUCGGAGCGUCGCUCCAGAGACCACAGCAUGCUCAGGAGCGAGGGGUGGCCGCGCUUCGUGGACGUGCACGCCGAUGUGCUCUCGCCUGCUGAGGCGAGCUUCCUCAAGUGGCAGGUUCUCUCGGCGAUCCCGCCGGGGUUGAAACCGGGGGCCUCAGCAGAGGACUCGAUGGAUUUCAAACUGCGAUGCUUCUACGCUCUUUGGUGUCUGAGGGAGGCGUACGUCAAGAUGACGGGCGAGGCGCUGCUUGCAGAGUGGCUCGGCGACCUCCAGUUCAAGAACUUCAAGCCGCCACUGCCGGCGGAGAAGUUUGAGGACGAAGGAGACGCCGUCACGGAGCACGACAUCAUCUUCAAGGGAGCCAAGGUCGAAGAUGCGAAUGUGUGUUUGAGAGCCUUGGGUCCUGAUUACAUGACAGCCAUAGCGGUGCGAACACCUCAGCGCAAAGAAGACGGCUUGGCAUUUGAGAUUGGACCGUUUACUAUGCUUUCUUUAGAUGAAGUCUUGGACUUUGGAGAAUCUCAUUCAUAG